UAUCCAUAAUCUUUGUUCCAUACAACCCAAAAGAAAAAGAGAGGAAGUCAUAGGCGUUCUUUAUAUUAUUGAAAUGGCAAUGAGGCCAGCACUUUUUUUGUUUCCUCUUCUACUUGCUUUCUUGUUUGCUACUACAACAGAAUCAAGUAAAGAGUCAGAGGAAUAUUGGAAAACGAUCAUGAAAGAACAAGAAAUGCCAGAAGGACUUCAGGGCCUUCUUCCUAUCCAAUCUGAAAAUAAUCCCAAAGCUCAAGAGCAACUUGUUAAAGAUUCCGAGCACAAUUGUGAAGAGUCUCUUGUUACAAACACACAAGUUGCCUCUAAAAAAAAGGUGUUCACGAAAGAUUUUGGUACUAAAGUUGGCCAUAAACAUGAUGAAUCACAAGUGAAUAGUGAAUUUCAACUUAGACCAAGUAUUGUCAAGUAUGAUGAUUUUAAACCCAGACCAAGUGUUACUAAGUAUGAUGAUUUUAAGCCAAGACCAAGUGUCACUAAUUAUAAUUUUGAACCUAGGCCAAGUGCUACCAAGUAUGAUGAUUUUGAGCUAAGAUCAAGUAUAACCAAGUACAAUGAUUUUGAACCUAGACCAAGUGUUACUAAGUAUGGUGAUUUUGAACCAAGACCUAGCGUUACCAAGUAUAAUGAUUUUGAACCUAGACCAAGUGUUACUAAGUAUGGUGAUUUUGGACCAAGACCAAAGUAUAAUGAUUUUGAACCUAGACCAAGUGUUACUAAGUAUGGUGAUUUUGAACCAAGACCAAGCGUUAUCAAGUACAAUGAUUUUGAACCCAGACCAAGUGUUACUAAGUAUGGUGAUUUUGAACCUAGGCCAAGUGCUACCAAGUAUAAUGAUUAAAUGAAGAAGAAGAAGCAUGUAGUUAUAUAACGCAUCCAAAGAAUAUUGUGUUUAGUAUCCAAUAAAUCAUUGUGGAUGUGGUGUAUUUUAGUGUCUACUUUCUAAAUAAAUUAUGUUACAUGUAAAAUAAUGUACUAUGGGAACCAAAAGGAUAAUAAAAUUGGAUUGUCUUCCUUUACAA